GAUAUGAGACGACCGCUUUCAAUACCUUCUUGUUAAUCAAAUUGGUAAACGUACGCAACCCCCAUGGUAACAAAACUACCCUUCAGGCUCUUGAAUCCUUCCUCCGCCGAGUAAUUUAUAGGCCAUAAUCGAAAGUGAUAAACCAGUACCAAAUACAUAAAAAUGGCGAAUAAAAAUGCAGGAACUGAGGAACUCAAAAUAGUAUGGAAUCAAAACAAACAAAGAUUCGAGACUGAAGACAAGAAAGCUUAUUUGGAGUACCAUCUCAUCAACAAUGGCGAUUCCCAAAUAAUGGAUAUUCUUCACACCUUUGUCCCUCCUUCCAAAAGAGGACUUGGAUUGGCCUCCCACCUCUGUAUUGCUGCUUUCACUCAUGCCGAUUCUCACUCUUUCACUGUCAUACCCUCUUGCUCCUAUGUCUCUGACACAUUUCUUCCAAGAAAUCCAUCAUGGAAGUCUUUAGUGCACAAAGGAGAUGCUAAAUCUAGCUUGUGAACUUAGUCCAAGAAGCUUCCACACUAUAUCAUCCUGGCCAAGAAGCUUCCACUUCUAUCUGAAAGGGAU